AGAUAGAAAACAGUUUCAUUUUGGUACACCAAAAGGUGGGAGAGAUAAUCACCAUGAACCAAUUUUAAUCUUGAACCUGCAAAGUAGAAAACUUUGCCGCUUUAAGCAUCAAAAACACCACAUGGGUUUUGCUUCAUCAGGGGUUUAGGUCACUCCUCUUCGAAAAUGUGGAGAAGCCAACUUAGAACAGUCAUAUCGACCCUUAAUAGGAAAACCCUACCUCAAUCUAUUUCUCCUCAAUUACUCGAAGAAAACACCACCCAAUUGCAAAAUCAUACAAAUUUCUCUACCCUGCGUGGCUUCAAUCAUAAUGGACGAACAAGGGUAUCGAGAAAUCCCCAAACAUUGGUAUGGAACUCCGAAUUUCUUGGAGAAACUUCCGGUUUCUGUUCAUCAGGGUCUUCUGAGGAAACCAGGUAUUGCUGGAAUUGUAAGAGUCAGGGGCCGUUUCUGAAUUGUGAAUCUUGCGGGAGUGUUCAACCUGUUGAUCAUUCAAUUGAUUACUUCAGGAUUUUUGGGCUGGAUAGGAAGUUUGAUAUAGAGGAUGGAAGUCUUGAAGGGAAGUAUAAAGAUUGGCAAAAAAAGCUGCAUCCUGAUCUGGUUCACACGAAAUCUGAGGAGGAAAGAGAGUAUGCCGCUGAACAGUCUGCUAGGGUUAUCGAUGCUUAUGGUACACUUCGUAAACCAUUGUCAAGAGCUAUAUACAUAAUGAGGCUUGAAGGUGUUGAGGUAGAUGAAGAACAAACUGUCUCAGAACCAGAGUUGUUGGGUGAGAUCAUGGAAAUUAGAGAAGCCGUGGAAGAAGCUACAGAUUCUCAAGCACUGAAUCAGAUCCAAUCCCAGAUGGAAGAAAAGCUGAGGCGUUGGUCUGACUCGUUUGCAAAUGCUUUUCGAAGUAAAAAAUAUGAUGAAGCUCUGAGAUCAAUCCAGAGAAUAACUUACUACCACCGCGUGAAGGAGGAGAUUGUUAAGAAGCUCUAGUUGACGAAUGGACUAAUUUAUGCAUCAAAGUCGAGGGCUUUUCGAACUCAGACAUCUGGGACCAUAAAAACUUCGUUUUCUUUUGGUUUCUUGAAGCCCAUUGAAGGGCAAUAGAAUGGAUGAAUGUUGUACCUAAAACUGAAUAAGGAAGAUGCUGGAUGCAUGCUUCUGUUUUUCCUUCUUAUUGUCCAUUGGUUGCUAUCAUCCAACUGGUAAUACCUUGAGUUUGAUUUGUGGUUUUCUCGACUGUUAAGGGCUCCAUGGAAUUGGUCGAGAUGUGCACAAGAUGGCACAGACACCCGUGGUUAUAAGAAAAUUUCAUUCA